AUGCGCUACUCUUGGGGCCGCACGCCAGACCCUGUUGCUAUCAUCCUCUCCAGCUGGAUCUCAAGCAGUUACAAAGAAUCGGCUUCAGCAGCAGGGACUGUGCCACAGGAAACGUCUUUGAAUCUACAAAGGGCCCCCGUAAGACGCCUAGAUUGGACCCCGCCGAAACAGAGCUCGCUGAGAGUCAGCCAGCCGAACAAUGCCAGCCCUCCAGCGUCUGAGCCAGUUUCUGAAGAGAACGGUAGAGACGAUACACUUUCCAAGGUCCUCGAAGCUUACAAAUGUGACGAUACGCCGGCCUCAACUAUAGCAACUCGAUCCGACGAAGACGGCAGCAUAUUCCGGAAACGCAAGCUGAUCGACGCGGUAUCGACGAGAUCCGGACAAGGCACAACGGUAGUCCCUGAGCCUGCGAUCGUGAAGAAAAAGGCGGCAUCAAAGAAGAAACCACGAACCAUCACAGGUCUAGCUACUGCCGCAUAUAAACUUGCUAGUCAGCCUGACUCCGGCUUCGAGGAGGAAGCCCAUACCAGACCCUCAAUAGCAGAGGCUCAAACGGCAACAAUCACGGCGACUAACGCGCCUGCGAAGAAAACGAGGAAGCGUACCAGCAAAGCCCCAAAAAAGUCGCGGAAGAAGGAACCGCCGCCCAAGCCAGUCUUGUUGUCACCCAGCGCGGCGUUGCGCCAAGUUGCAAAUCAAGACUUUCUUUUUGGAACGUCAAGUCAGCUGGCUCAAGAACAAUCUCCGGGAUUCCUGCGAGACUUGGCUAGGGCAAUGAAAUAUUCAAAUGAAAUUGACUAUGCUUCACUUUCGACGCCUAUCAACAGCGAUGCCAUCGAACCGCCGGAAGCAAGGCGUUCGCUCUGGGACGCAGCGGCUCGCGAUGAGGCUGGUGACGUGUUUGAUCUGGGUAUUCAGGAACUUGCUCAGAAGUCGCAAGAUUUACCUUCUCUCGAGGCACAGGCUGAUCCUUUCGGUUACGUCAAAGAAGCAAGCCCUACCGGAGAGGAUUCUUUUCUGAGCCUUUCGGAUGCAUUGAAGCCGCAAGAGGUGCUUCAUGAGGGAAAUCAAACUCCAGAGCCACCAACGGAAGAGUCUUGCUCCCAGGAUGCAGGACCUGUGCCUGCUGUGCCUACAUCACCGGGUUUACUGCCUCGCCCUAAGUUCGAGCUCUAUACUGAUGCACAGCUGGCUGGCGCGGUCUCUUCAUAUGGUUUCAAGAAUGUACGCCAGAGAGGAGCGCGAAUCGCACUACUAGACAAAUGCUGGCAAGGCAGAAAUCAGAAGGUCGCUGUUUCAGGCGCACGAUUUGCCUCGACGCUGGCCGGGCAAAGUACACGGUCACCUGUCAAGUCAGGUCGGGCAAAAUCGCCAGUAAAGACGCCUGCUCGGCCUGAAUCGUCAUUGGUCAGUGCAUCGCAGCCUCAGGAACCGCCACCGUCAGCGCAGCAGCCCAUCAGUCCACCCAAGCGGCCCCGCGGUAGACCACGAAAAUCACCAGCACCUGCGCCAUCUUUGAGCGAAUCUGCUUCACUUUGCGCCGCAGCCCUGCUGCAUCCAGACUCCACGGCAUUGGCCCCUAGCACCCCAAAACGUCCCAAAGCUAAAAGUUCUAGAUUGGUAGUCGAGAUACCAGAUUCAGAAUCAGAUGCUGAUGGACUUGACUCCCUCUCCGCAUCUCCAUCCUCAGUGCAGGAUGAAAUGCCCUCACCCUCGCAAGGCGUGGACCUGUCUCUGUCUAUGGAUCAAGAUGCUGAGCUGUCCAUUGCAGUAACAACAUCUGAAAAACCAGCCUCUUUUGAGUACAUCUCCAAGUCGGUCACUUCUGCACCAAGGUCCAAGGAUGUCAGUCAGCCAUCUUGGCAUGAAAAGAUACUACUAUAUGAUCCAAUCAUCAUCGAGGACCUCACUGCCUGGUUGAAUUGCGGACCGCUUACCAAGGCCGGUUACGAUGAUGAGGUGAGCUCGGGGGAGGUGAAGAAAUGGUGCGAGUCGAAAAGCAUAUGCUGCCUCUGGAAGGUCAACUUGCGAGGGAAGGAAAGAAAACGACGAAUACUGCCAAUUAGCACCCCCAGCGUUGCUACCAGAAGACUCAUCACCACCACGACUUCCAUCACGACAUUCUCAACCUCCAACUUAUCCAUCCCGACCGUCUCUGUUCAUCGCGCGCGCCAGUACUCACCACACUCUCAUCAGCAACGACGGCGAUUCUCCGGUCUCACUACUUCUCCAGACGCUGCAGCUGCAGCCGCACCCAGAAAGCCCUCCAAGAUGGCCAAGGACGGCGAACUUGCCGUUCCCCGGCCCAGCGCGUCCGUUGUGCUGCUGUCGCCCUCCAACGAGAUCCUGCUGCUGCACCGCGUCAAGACGUCGACGUCGUUUGCGUCGGCGCACGUCUUUCCCGGCGGCAACGUGGAUCCGUUUCACGACGGCGACGUGCCGCCCGAGGGCGACCCGGACAAGCACCGUGACGGGCCGGCAUACCGUCUGUGCGCCAUUCGCGAGACGUUUGAGGAGUCGGGCAUCCUGCUGGCCAAAAAGGACGGCAAGUUGGUGCAGCUCCCGGAGAAGGAGAGAGAGGAUGCGCGAAAGCAGAUUCAUGCGCGCAAAAUCAAGUUUGGCGACUGGCUCGCGUCAAUUGGCGCGACUGCCGACACAGAAUCCCUCAUUCCCUACACACGCUGGGUGACGCCCGUCACCGUGCCGAAGCGCUUCACGACGCAAAUGUACCUGUACCUGCUCCCGCUGACGCGUCGCGACGUGCCGUCCAAGAUGGUGAUUCCGACGCCCGACGGCGGCAUCGAGCACACGGCGGCGCUGUUUGCGGAGCCGCAGGCGUGGAUCAAGCAGGCCAACCGCGGCGAGGUCAUGCUGUUCCCGCCGCAGUACUUUAUCCUCGACACGGUCGGGCGGCACGUCGGCGGCGGCAAGCCCGGCGCUCUCGAGGAGGAGACGAAGCGCUUCAUGCAGCAGCGGCGGCGGCUGCUCCGGUUUGUCAAGCAGGUGCCGACGGCGAAGACGGCGCUGGGCCGCGCGCACCCGUCAUCGCAGGUUGCCUGGGCGGACAAGGUCAUUAGCCCGCUGCCGCUGUACAUGCGCGAGAGCGACGGCCGCGCCGUUCUGAGCCUCGCCUACCCGGGGCCGGAGCUCGAGGGCCGCGCGGGAGGGGACCGCGCCGGCGACUUUGAGCACGUGGUGCUGACCAAGUUUGGCAAAAAGGGCCCGACGGGCGUCGAGGUGCGGUUGCGCGAGGAGGUGCUUGAUGAGGAUGCGCAGCCAAAGGAGGGCCGUCUCGAGAAAUUGUAG